AUGCCCAAGUCCACCGGCCCCCUCAUGGAACAACUCGGCAUGGGCACAGAGAACCAAUCCACACCCAAAUCCACCUACCCAGACUCAUCCAACAUGACCGACAGCACCACCGCGGCAGCCGAUAAACUCGGCGCCAACAAAUCCACAAACGCCAUUCCCCAGGACAACCCCAGUAUGCUCUCUUCUGCAGGUGCAAUUGGGAAGAACUUCAACCCAGAUGGCGCGGUAGGAGCUAUUGGCCAAGCGAUUGGAGGUCCUUUUAGCAAGGAUGGUGUCAUUGGAAGCCAGUUUGAUGCGAGUAAGAAUGGGAUUGCGGGACAUGUGGAGCGGGCGGUUGAUGGGCCGAGCAAUCCGGCUGGAAGCUCAAAGUAA